GGGCGGGGCGGGGCCUCGUCGGCGCCGUCAAGUAGCCGGGGGAACUGCCGGCGCGGCUCGGAGCGGGUGGGCGGCCGAAAGGCCGGAGCCGCGCGGUGCAGCACCUGGAGCGCCGGCUGCGUCUGCCCGCAGCGCUGCCCGCCAUGCACCCGCCGCGCCGGGCUGCGCUGGGACUCCUGCCGCUUCUGCUGCUGCUGCUGCCGCCGCCAGCGCCGGGGGCCGCCAACAAGCCGACGCCCUGCCAGCGGUGCCGGGGGCUGGUGGACAAGUUUAACCAGGGCAUGGUGGACACCGCAAACAAGAACUUUGGCGGCGGGAACACGGCCUGGGAGGAAAAGACGCUGUCCAAGUACGAGUUCAGCGAGAUUCGCCUGCUGGAGAUCCUGGAGGGGCUGUGCGAGAGCAGCGACUUCGAGUGCAACCAGAUGCUGGAGGCGCAGGAGGAGCACCUGGAGGCCUGGUGGCUCCAGCUGAAGAAUGAGUAUCCCGACUUAUUUGAAUGGUUUUGUGUGAAAACACUGAAAGUGUGCUGCCUUCCAGGAACCUACGGCCCUGACUGUCUUGAGUGCCAGGGCGGGUCCCAGAGGCCCUGCAGCGGGAAUGGCCACUGCAGUGGAGACGGCAGCAGACAGGGCGACGGGUCCUGCCGGUGCCAUGUGGGGUACCAGGGUGCGCUGUGCGCCGACUGCAUGGAUGGCUACUUCAGCUCGCUCCGGAACGAGACCCACAGCUUCUGCACAGUCAGGACCGGCCUCUCACAUUCUUAUACCCCUCGCCGUCUCUGUCUCUCGGACAUUGGCCACGCGUGGAUCCAUGGCUGGAGCACACACCCCCAGCCAGGCUACAGCUCCAGGGUGUGGACAGAGUACGCCUUCUCUCCAGCCUGCGACGAGUCCUGCAAGACGUGCUCGGGCCCGACCAAUAGAGACUGCGGCGAGUGUGAAGUGGGCUGGGUGCUGGAGGAGGACGCCUGCAUGGAUGUGGAUGAGUGUGCGGCUGAGACUCCUCCCUGCAGCGCCGCGCAGUUUUGUAAGAACGUCAACGGCUCCUACACGUGUGAAGAGUGUGACUCCAGCUGCGUGGGCUGCACAGGGGAAGGCCCAGGGAACUGUAAAGAGUGCAUUCCCGGCUAUGCGAGGGAGCUCGGACAGUGUGCAGACGUAGAUGAGUGCUCACUGGCAGCAAAAGCAUGUGUGAGGAAGAACGAAAACUGCUACAAUACUCCAGGGAGCUACGUCUGCGUGUGUCCCGACGGCUUUGAGGAGACGGAAGAUGCUUGUGUGCCGCCGGCCGAGGCUGAAGUCACAGAAGAAGAAAGCCCAACACAGCCGCCCGCCCAUGAAGACCUGUAGUGCGCAUCGAGCGAGAAGUUAUUAACCUGCCCUUUAAGUUAUUGAGAAGGACGUCCUGUGGGAACGAGGCCUGCGGUGGAGCUGCCUGCUCUCGGCGGUGGGUUCUCACUUGGCCCUUAAACAGCUGCAUUUCUUGGUUGUUCUUAAACAGACUUGUCUAUUUUGAUACCAUUGUUUAUAAUAAAAUUGACCACUGAAGGAAGUCAGGAA